UGAAUACAGACAGUGGAAAAAUGUCAGUCUUAGUUUUACUGGAUCUCAGUGCAGCAUUUGAUACAGUUGACCACAACAUAUUACUCAAACAACUGGAGAACUUAUGGCGUUAUUUCAGUGCCACUAUUCUGAGCGCACGUAAAAAAAAGAUUGCAGGUGCAAGUGUUGCAUUUUGAGGAGAAAUUUAUUUUGAGCGUACAAAAGCUGAAUUUGAGUGAACAAAAUUCAUUGCUGCGUGCAAAAAAUGUAUUUCAGUGUUUGCGCUUAUCCAUAUACACACACAAUAGCAGCCCCUCUCGCUCAGUUUUUUCAUUUGCGCUUGCUCGCAAGGUGUUGCUUGCGCUCACAACAUUCUCUGCUGCAAGCGCUCAACUCUCUGUACACCGUUAUAAGUGUGCCACAAAACCAACCAAUCACAGACUUGGUUUCAAAAAUUCUGAUUGGCUCUUACGGUCUCCAAUCAACUCGCUAGCUACUGCCUUCCGGAAAUACUGUCCACUCAGCCUCGCUUCUUGCAGAUAGAGGGAUUUUUGAUUUACUCUGCAGCCAGAGAAGAGAUGGCAGAAUCAAACAAUGGCUCCAAUAAUACUACACCACAGUAUCAGGGUAAUGGUGCAGUUGAGUCAGCAGUAAGAAAUCUGGUGUCUUUGCUGCUUAACAACAUAUCCACAAAUCCUUCAGGGAGGCCAACAGAGAGUGGGCAGCCGGAGCCUAGAACUCUGACUAUCCAGCAAGAGAUGACAAGAUCAUUUCCAGGACAUUUCAAAUCAAACUUGAGCCGUGGUAAAAAGAGAUGUUUAACAUCUACUAAGCAGCUUGUUAAGGCAGGCAGUAAGACCACAGGCCUCAGUUUUUAUUUGCUGUCAAAAAACACAUCCUACACACCUUUGCCAGCUGAGGAGCUUGAACUCCUACAAGCUGGCAUGGGGAGACAAACAGUGUCUCUUCCAGAAGAUGGUGACCAUGCAGAGAUUUCAAGACUUCUGGAAGAAACCUUUCCAAAAAUGGAAUAUCUUUGUGGAGGAUGGCUCUUGCAUAAGGCAACAGGUGGCAGUGGUCGACGAAAGCUCACUGUAAUUCCACCUGAAACAGAAGGAUAUUCUGUCAAAACACUGAAAGCUGUGUCAGGAGGUGGCAAAUCCACUUUUUACAUUGUACCUCUUCAGGAAAGAUUAGACACAUCUCCUCUACCUCCUGACUCACAGCACUUUUCAAAGAUGCCAAAGAAGAUAUGUUACCAGUGUAAUGAAGUUAUGCCUCUGCAGAUGCUUGCAGUACACAUCAAUACGUGCAAAGGAAAAUUCUCUCCUGAUGAGACUGAUGAUGAGGAAUCUGAGUUAUGCAUUGUGCAAAGCAAAUGCAAGGUUAUUUGUCCAAUAUGCACUAAGCACUUUCCUGAAGAUGAGAUCACAGUCCACGAGAGUCUGUGUGGGGAUAGCUUUCAAUGCAUGGUGCCUGAAGAAAAUGACCAAACUACAUGCAGACCAGCUCAAACUUCAGUAUGCACAACAGACAGCGUGGAAGAUGUAUUGCGUUGCCUUGAACAACAAGUCGACACCACAACAGAAUUUAAGUUGUGUGUGGACAGAGAAGACCUUCCAGACAGAGGCAUUCUCCAGUGGCAGAGAAAAAAAUCUCCCACCAGUGUUCUAAGGGUGGUUUUCAUUGGAGAGGCAGGCGUGGAUACAGGAGCACUUAGGAAAGAGUUUUUGAGUGAUGAGUUGCCUAUUACCUGUUUUGUCCUAGUGUUAAUAAAUAACGGAUAACUUAAAAAUGCGGAUAUUUUUUGUAUGAAAGACAUGAUUUCAGGUAUUGAAAGCAGAUCCUUUGAAGGACCUGAGAACAAGGGCAAAAACCCCAAGUAUUCUCUGACCGAUCUUGAUAAUGAAAACUUCAGAACUGUUGGUGAAAUAAUUGCAGUCAGCCUCGCCCAAGGAGGCCCAUCUCCUGCCUUUUUCAAAGAAUGGUGCUACAAUUUCCUCUGCUCAGGAGAGGUUGAUUUCAGCUGUCUGUCUAAGGAGGAUGUUGCAGAUGUGGAAUCUUCCCUGCUCAUCAGCAAAGUUGAAGAUGCAGCAGACAUACAGUCUCUGAUGAUGUGGGCUGAUGAAAUUGUCAGCUGUGGAUACACAAACCAGAUAAAGAUGGAUAGUAAGGAAAGCAUGAUACGUGCCAUUGUCUUACACUCUACAACAAGACUGAUUCCAAUGCUACAGCAGCUCAGAAAGGGCAUGGAACUGUAUGGUCUUGUGAACCUGAUGGCUGUAAAUCCUGAAGCUUGCCACAGUUUGUUUGUUCCUGGGAAAAUCCUCAAACCAGACGCUGAUUUCAUUAUGAUGAGCUGCCAACCACAUUUCAGUGAAAAGGGGACAUCUAGGGAGAGAACUGAGAGGAAGAUCAUAAACUUUUUGCAAGAUUUCUUGCAGGAGAUUGAAGCAUCAGAAAAGACUUCAGAAACAUUUUCAAACAUCACAGAUGGAAACACAGGUGGUG